GCUCCCGCUGCGACCGCCCGUUGGCCCAGGCCGUUGCCCCGGCGACGCAGGUUGAUCUGGUUCCGCGCCGCGCUGGGAGUUUGGGGUUGGUCCCAGCCGCCCCCUGGAACAGGGUGGCCUCGGACGCUGGACCCUAGGCCGGCAGGUGGAGGAGGACAGACAGAGAAGAACGGGGACCCGGCCUCUGCAGCUCAACCCCCGCGUCGGUUCGUGGUUCACCCGAGAACAGAGAACAGCCGCUCCAGCGUGUCUUCUGGCAUGAGGAACUCGAGCAAGGAACUGCAUGACGCCACGAGCCGCUAUGCUCCCUGCGAUUGGUGUUACGACCUUCCUGUGAAACGGUCUGGGAAAGCUGUGGAUGCCCCGCCAGCGUCCCAGAUCCCAGGCCUCAGUGACCUGAGGGAAGCCCCCAGUGGGCACACGCCCAGGUCACGAAGGUACUGGGUGAAGGAAACGGACUCUGAGUACGUGAAGCUGGCGUAGCAAGGUGGCCAGCCCAAUCUGUUGAAGCACUUUGCCCCUGGGACCAGGAAGGGCUCCCCCGUGGCCCACUCCUUGCCAGACUGGUACGGGCACCACAGCCAGCUGCCGACGGCCCAUCGAUCGAUCUAUCUAUAUCUGUAUACCUCUAUGUCUUUCUAUCUAUAUCCAUCUGUAUUUCUAUAG